AUGCGCCUCGCCCACCUCCACCUCCCGGACAUAACCUCCUUCACCCGCGUCGCCAACCUCCAACAAACACUGACAAGCCGGCUCCUCUCGCACAAAAAGCACCUCACCCCGAACCCCCCCGACCCAACCAUAAUAACCUUCAGCCCGAACCCAGUCUACACGACCGGACGCCGCGACCUCCCUCCCUCCAACACCACCCACAGCAACAGCAAUGGCAAUGGCAACAUACUCUCCCUCCCGCCGAGCCUCGAACCAAUCCGCCAGAUCCUAACGCCCCCGCAACCCAACAAACCCUACGACCCCAAAUCCCGGAUAGCAGAAUACCACCCCACCCUGCGCGGCGGACAAACGACCUACCACGGACCGGGCCAACUAGUCGCGUACACGAUUCUCGAUCUACGGCGAUUGGGACUCACCCCGCGGUGCCAUAUACGGUUGUUGGAGAAUAGUGUGAUUGAUGUGUUGAGGGAGUAUGGGGUGAGGGGGAUGGUUACGGAGGAUCCGGGGGUUUGGGUGCAUGAUACCCAUGGACAGAAACAGGGGGGAGGGGCUGGUGGGGGGAAGGGCGAGCUGCCGAAGAAAAUCACGGCCGUGGGGGUACAUCUCAGGAGACAUAUUAGUAGUUAUGGGAUUGGGUUGAAUGUGACGGAGGAGCCGAUGUGGUGGUUUCGACAGAUUGUGGCGUGUGGGUUAGAGGGGAGGGAGACGACGAGUUUGCAGGGGCUGGGGGUGACAGGGGUAACGGUUGAGGAGGUCGCGGGGAUGUUUGUGGGGAAGUUUGUUGGGAGGGUAAAUGGGGAUUUUGCCUGUGGGGAUGGGGCUACCGGGGAGGGGAUCGAGGAGGUGUAUAGGGUGAGUGAGAAGGAUUUGUUGAGGGAGUGA